AUGACGACACCAAUUGGGACAGGGUUUGUCAAGAUCGGCCGCGCCGGGACGAACUUCCCCGACCACACCUUCCCGUCGAUCGUGGGCCGCCCCAUCUUGCGGGCGGAAGAACGAAACACGUUGGUGCCCCUGGACGUUGAAAUCAAGGACAUCAUGUGUGGUGACGAGGCCGCUAAGGUGAGAUCGUUGUUGGAAGUGAGCUACCCCAUGGAAAACGGGAUCAUCAAGAACUGGGAGGAUAUGGAACACUUGUGGGACUACUCGUUCUACGAAAGACUUAAGCAACCCACUCAAGGUCAAAAGGUAUUGUUGACGGAACCGCCGAUGAACCCGUUGAGAAACCGUGAGGAAAUGGUGCGGAUCAUGUUUGAAAAGUACCAGUUUGACGGUGUUUACGUCGCCAUCCAGGCAGUGCUUGCCCUUUACGCUCAAGGGCACACUCUGGGGGUCGUGGUCGACCUGGGUGACGGGGUGACCCACAUCGUCCCCGUGUACGAGUCGACGGUGCUUAACCACCAGACCACCAGACUUGACGUCGCCGGUAGAGAUGUCACCAAGCACCUUAUCCUGCUUUUGCUUGGACGUGGGUACGCGUUCAACCGUACCGCCGACUUUGAGACCGUACGUCAAAUCAAGGAGAAGUUGUGCUACGUGUCGUACGACCUCAAGUUCGACAAAAAGCUCGCCGACGAGACCACCACCCUCGUCGAACUGUACGAAUUACCCGAUGGCAGAGUGAUUAAAGUGGGUCACGAGCGCUACUUGGCUCCCGAGUGCUUGUUCCAGCCUCACCUUGUUGGUAAGGAACUGCCAGGGGUCGGCGAAAUGUUGUUCAACACGUUACAGCUGUGUCCCGUCGACACCAGAGCCGACUUAAUGAAGGGGAUUGUCCUUUCCGGUGGGUCGUCCAUGUACCCGGGUCUCCCCUCGAGACUUGAAAAGGAGCUUAAGCAAUUGUACUUGACCCGCGUGUUGGGCAACGACGCUUCCAAGCUCAAGAACAUCAAGUUGCGCAUCGAGGACCCGCCCAAGAGACGCCACAUGGUGUUCAUCGGCGGGGCGGUGCUCGCCAACAUCAUGAAGGACAAGAACCACUUGUGGGUCACCCGCCAGGAGUGGGAGGAACAAGGUGCUCGGGCGUUGGACAAGCUCGGGCCGCGGUAG